AUGGAAAAAGUAUUGAAAACGCUUGAUAAGUAUAAUUCAAUCAUUUUAAACUAAUCUAAUGACAGUUUGGAUGAGAGAAGAUAAAAGAUUUACUCCAUUUUAAAGCAGUUGGAUAAGGAUAUAUAAUAGAUAGAAGACGAAAACUAUGAUAUUUAUUGCUUCUACAAAUAUUUCAUUGCAAACUAAAGUAUAAAAUAUCUAAAUCUAAAUAAAAAUGAGAAAGAAACUUUUUUAGAACAUUUAUCAACAUACAAAGAGUAAGUAAUAGUAAAAAUUAAGAAUACUGAAAUGGAAUUAAACCAACUUACUUUUUAGUAACCUUCAAAUAACUAACUUAUUCAAUAAUACCUAAAUAAGUUAAAAGAUGAAGUAGAACUAAUUAAAGAAGAAGAUAAAAGCUUCUAUGAUCACUAUUAAAAACUGAUUUUUGAGAGAUUUGUUGAUAAAUAAGAAAAAAUAAAAAAAAUACUGAAUACUUUAAGUUAGCUUGUUAAAAAUCAUUCAUUUGAAGAAGAAGAAGAAGAAUGCUUUUAAAAAUAGAUUUAACAAGCUUUAAAAUAGUUAGAAGAAAGUACAAGAACUUUGGAAGAAGAUGACUACGAUCAAUAUGGAUAUUACUGUUUUCUGAUAGCAUAUUAUAGAAAAGAAUACUUAAAUUUAAAUCCCAAAGAUGCUGAGAAUUGCGAGAAUGUAAAAAAUUCAUAUAGAGAUCAUAUAUUAAAUAAAAUUGAAGAAAUCUAUAAUGAAGUCUUAAACAUUACCUCUAAAAUGAAAUCUAUAGACUAAACAAAUUUUCAAGAAUAUCUAAAUAAUUUGUAGAAUGAAAUCUAAUUUAUUGAAAAAGAAGAUUAUCAAAAAUUUGGUUAUUAUAAAUAUAUAAUAGCUGAAAAUAAAUUAAACUAUCUUAAUCUUGAUUUGAAGUAAUAAAAGAAAUGUGAAUAGGAAAAAAAAAACUUUAUGAAGUAUUACGAAUAAUACUUAUCAUUACAAUAUAAUGAAAAUUUGGAAAACCAUCAUUUAAAAGCCGUAAAUAUUGUUCCCAACAUUAUAAAUUAAAAGUAAAUCUUAAAUAAUCAGCUUAAUUAAUAAGAAACAGCAUUUAAAUAAUCAACUUCUAUUAUCAAAAGUUUAGAAGAAAAUUUGAGUUAGCUUUAAAAAUAAGAAAAAGGAAAUGAGAAUAUUAAUAUCAGUAAUAUUUCAUCACAGAAUUUCUAAUAUGCCAAUAUUCAGAACUAAAAUUAAAUAUAAAGCAAUCAGCCUACUUCAAAAUAAACAACAAUUUAAUAAUUAAUUUCAAGUUGUAAAACUUCAGAUAUUUCUAGCUUAUCAGAAAAUGAAUCAAACAAAUAAUAGUUAUAGUUAUCUAAUUAAAUAUCAAAUAAGUCUAUUCAUGAAAUUGCUAGAGAAAAUAUUAAUAAGAUUUCAUCUUAAAGUUAAAAAGAUGAAUCUGUAACUUAAAAAGUAUAUUUGAUUAUGGGAGAAACCGGAGUAGGAAAAAGUAGUUUUGUUUAAUAUUUAACUGGUGAUCCAAGAGCGGAGAUAGGUCAUUAAGGAAACUCACAUACAUAAAAUUGUAGAGCCUUUAUCAAAGAUGAAUUAAAUUUUAUAGAUUCUCCUGGUAUAAAUGAUACAAAUGAAAAUAAAUACAAUAUAUUACUGAAUAUUGUGAAAUAUCUAAAAUAAGAAAAAUAUAGAUUUUAAGACCUAUUUAUUAUAUGUGUUUCUAAUAAAGAUUUAAACAAUCAUCUAAAAUAUCUUUAAGAAAUUUCAUACACCUACUUUCUUUAUGAGUUGUUUGGUGAUUAAAUUAAAUUUAGAGAUGUGGAAAAGCUAGUCAAUGAAUACUACUAAUCAACUUGUCUUCUCAAUUGGUAAGAAGCUGGAUUCCACUCUUUAUAAGACUGUUAUACUGAAAAAAGAGUAGAAAUAUUCAAAAACAAAGAUUAAGCUUUAAAUUAUAUUCAAUAUGCCUAAAAUCUUCAUAUUAUUGUUAAAACAUGUUUUGACAAAACUCAUAAAGAGAACUUAAAAAUUUUUAAUGAUUAUUAAGUUGAUUUUUUAAAAUAACAAAUAUGGUCAAACAAAAGAGAAAAUUGUAAUGAUUUACUAGCAUAUAGAGAAUAUAUUUAAAAUUAAGAGUAUCACUUAUUUAAUAAAAUCAAAAAAAUUAUUUAAUAAUGGGAAGAGGUACAUACCUGGAAUUAAGGAGAAUAAAUCUAAUAUCUACUUCUAAUUGGUGGAUCUUAAGUAGGUAAAUCGUCUUUAAUUGAGUAAUUAAAAUAAAUUUCAGGAUUAAGAGGAUCAGGAGAAUAGUCAAAAACAAGCUUAUGUUAAAUUUUCCUAGUAGAGUACAAUAAAGUGAAAUACUUUUUCAUUGAUACACCAGGAUUUGAAGGAACAGAAUCUAAUUAAAGUCAAUAUCAUAGCUUAAAAGUAAUUUCUGAUUUUUUAAGGAGAAACAGAAUUUCAGAAUUUAAAGUUCUUUAUAUGCGUGAUGCUGAUAAAGAGGUAAGAAAUGGUAUGCCAGCAGUCUUAAAUAAACUAUUUAUUUUUAUUUAGGAAAUGUUUGAUUAAGAUUCUUCUUUUAUAGAUUCAGCAUAUUUGAGAGAACUAAUUACUAUUCAAGCUUCUUAAACUAAUAAUUAAUAAGGUUUUAUAAAUCACUAAUUAAAUUCAAUAGCAAAUAAAAUAUUAACUAUAGAACGAGUUCAAGAAAGAAAGCAUGAAGGAUUAAUUUAUAUGAAUAUAUUUAAUAAUAAGAGUAUAGAAUUCUAAAGUAAUUUCUAUUCUUUUGAUAGAAAACUUAUUCAAAUAAAUUAAACAGAUGAUAUCUUGUAAAAAAAUACUUUAUUUGAAGGAGUAAAUUAGAUAGAGCCAAUAUGUGUUGAUGAAAAAAUAUAUACGAAAAUAAAAAAAAUAAUUAAUUGUAAAUUAAUAAACAAUCUGAGUGAUUUCAUGAUUGCUUUCAGUAAAUUACUGUAACUGUAUUAAUAAUACAACAAUAUUUUGGAUUAAAUUAAUUCUAGAAAGUAGGUUAACUAAAUUAUAUCUGAGGAUUUGAAUAAUCAAAGAAUUAAAAUAAUAAAAGACUUGAACAAUAUUACUUAUAUUGUUAUAGGAGAUUUUUAAAACACCUAAGAAAUGAAAAAUUAUAUAUAGAGAUAAUUUCUGUAUCAAAUGCAAAGUAAUAACUAAUAAAAUCAUCAAAAUGAAAUUAAAAAUAGGAUCUUAAAUUCCAUACAAAAGCACUUUUUAAAAGCAAGUUAUACGCAAUAUCUAUUUGAAGCAUAAUAAAAUCCUAAUAAUAUUUUCUUAUCUAGAAAGUUAUUAUAUUUCUGGUCAUUUACUCAUUAAUUAAGCCCUUUUUUGAGAGAUGAUCAAAAACAUAAAAAAAUCUUAGAAUAAUUAGCAAAAAUUAAAAUUCUAUAGGAAUUAACUGUUCAUUCUCAUAUCUAAUCUAAAAUAAUUGAGAAUCAAUAUGAUUAUACUCCAGAACAAAUUAAUCAUUAGAUAUAAGUAUUUUUUUCUGGAAUGAAUACUGCAUUAGGGACUGGAGCAUAAAUUUUUAGAUUUGCCACUUAUUUUAGCAAUAUCAGUGAAGCUACUCUUUAAGCGUAAAAAUUAGCAAAAACCGUAAAUUUUGUUUCCAUGUGGGAAGGUUUCAUCUUAUCUGCUUUAAGCUUUGGUAUCGAUUUAUGGUUUUAUUCAAAAGGAUACAUAUGUGGUAAUUAGAUGUUUUUAAACACAUCAUAUAAUGCAGCCAGUUUUAGUUUAUCUGUAGUUGCCUUGACUGUCCCAGGUAUUGGUUGGUUAGCUGGGGGAAUUGCAGGUGCUAUAGGAUUAAUAGGAUAUGGAAUAUCUGCAUACAAAUAUACAUCUUUUCAAACAUUUGAUGAAACAUUGGGUUUAGUUUUAAAAACUAUUAUUGAUGAUAACCAUCCCAAUUAAAUUUUACUUUAUUUUUAGAAAUCAUAAUUUUUAAAACAACACAAAAUUACAAAUUACAGUUAAACUUAAUCAAAAGAUGCAUAUGAAAUGUUCAGAUAACUAGAAAAAAAAAAUUAUGAAUCAGGAGAAUAGAAUAAAUUUCUACUAAAACUAUUCAAUUAAAGUGAGUAUCCUUGUAGAUUAUAAGAUGAAAUUUCUAAGUAUAUUGUUAAGAAUAUCAUAUCAAAACAUUUUUAUUCUGAAAUUGAGUAAUUUUAAGAUUAAGAUCCUAUUAAAUAUUUAAAAGUUAUUUAAAAAUUACUAGAACGAAAUGAAAAAACAAUUAAUACUUUUUAUAAAAGUUUUUAUACUAAAAAUCUUCUUAAUAAUAUUUAAUAAAAUUAAAAUGAGUUAAAAGAAAUUUUAAAUAAAAAAAAUGAUUAAUUUAAAAAAGAAAAGAAUGUUUAAAGAAAUUGUUUGAAUGAUGAUUAAAAUUUUUCAUAAGCACUUGAAACAUAUCAAUUAUCUUUAAAAAAGUUUAUUAAACAUAUAGAAAAUACUGAUUAUAAUUAUGAAGAACAAAAAGAAUUUGGAAAUGGAGCUUUGAGAAAGUGUGAUCGUUAUCCCAUAACUUUCUAAGGCUAUUGUAAUUUAGUUCAUUAAAAAAGCUAAUACAUUUUUAAGUAAGACACCAUAAGCGAAAUUUCCAAAAAAAAUAAUUGUUUUGAAGUAAAACCUGAAAAUAAUUUUAAUAGUUAAUUUUUUUAAUUUUAAGAUGACAAUGAAUUAAUAAAUUCCAUAAACAUAUUAAUUACAAGCGAUAAAUUUGUUACAAGCAGGUAUUUGUUAAAGCUUAAAGGAUAGGAUAAACCUAGUUUAAGUUUUAUGAAUGAUACAGAAGUUAUUGAUGCUGAAGUUGAAUAUUCAAUCGAUUUAUACUAAGUAGCAGAUAAAUCAAAUAAUUUCAAAGACUUUGUUGAAAAAAUUAAAAAUAAAACUAAAAAUGAAUUUGAUAUUAAUGACGAAAUAGAUAUGAGAUUAAGAAAUUUCUUUUAAUCAAUAGUUGAUUUGAAAAAAAUUUUUGGAUGA